UUUUCCAAUCAGACCAACACAGGUGGAUCCCUACUGUGACGUAACUAGCCUAUCUAGGCAGAAUCUGUGCUAGUUCUUUACUCUGAUAGGUUUAAAUCUGUAACUAAAUCUGUAACAACAUUUCUAGCUGCCGAUAUUAACAUAACAUUAAAUGUUAAUGCCGGGUCUCAAUGUUGAGUCCUCUCCAACCAUUUCAACUUCGAAGUUCCUAGGCAGCCAAGGCAUCUCCUCUUGUUAACAAAUACGGCAACCAGCGACAUGAGACGUUGGAGUUAAGGUGGAUUAUUAUACCGGCAUCAUCUUCUCUCUAACAUUUCAGCCAUGUCCUCCGAAGAACCGGACCCCCUCUCGGGGUCAGGCGUCACGAUGCACUCCGACAGCGAGCAAUACUCAGCCGGCGAAGACCUACUGCCCUCGCCACCUUCGUCUUCCUCUCCACCCAUGGUCCUCUAUAAGCCCCCCACCGUCUGGUCUAUGCUCCGAGGCGUAGCUAUUAACCUACUAUUACCAUUCAUCAACGGCAUGAUGCUAGGAUUUGGCGAGCUGUUUGCGCAUGAGGCCGCUUUUAGGUUAGGAUGGGGAGGCACAAGAGUAUUCCCUCUCUCCCGGCGGAGAGCACAUCCUAUCGGUCCAGGUAUCGAAAUCCGCAACCGACCUAAACCGCGACCCGAUCUACAAGACCUAACUAGCCUCGAAUGACGGACGAGACGGUCUGCUAUUUAUACACGUGUAGAGCUAAAACGAUGGAAUAUGCCGCUUGGGCUUAUGUAUUGUCUCAUGCAAGAUUAGAAGGGGUGAGUGAAUGGCAAAGAAGAAAACGAAAGGUAUCAUAAGAUAUUACUCAUGUAUAAACCCCCUUUUUGUAAGAAGAUACAAUUGCACAAAGCUCUAAAUAGGAUAAUAAUCUAGAAUCCAGUGUCCCGAGACUAUGCUAGUGCUAAUGCCUAUUUGAAUAUUCAACAACAGAAUUGGUAUCUGAUGAACAUUAAACAAUUAAGGAAAUGAAUACCUUUGCUAUGUGAUGUGUUUAUAAAGAUUGCGCCUUUCAUAAACACUACAUAGCUAGGUACCUACCUACGUAGGUAUGUAGAGGUAUCAACACUAAGAAACCACAGCAUAUAAUUAUGUUGGCCGAUGAUACCGAUAAUAGAAGCUGAGAUACCUGGGGUACGUAAUCAAAU